AUGCCUUCCGCAGGCCCGAAGAACCUGUCCCUUCGGGGGCUCUACAAUUUUCAAUGCCCGCGGCCUCAGGUACAGGCGUAUAAUCAGUCACUUCUAACAUCGAUUCAUGCUUCGAAGCCCUCGGUAUCUCACCGCUGCACUAGCCAUCAGCAACAACCGCUGGCCUCAUGCUUCGCUCUUCCUUCGCAAAGUCGGCGAAAUUCUUCCCAGCUAGCUCGCGCGAUCGGGCCGCGCCCUGGUACUGCAGCAGAGACCUACGUCGCCUACGGAAUGACACAGAAGCUAUUCGAGGCCUGCUCCAAACAAGCAGACUACAAGAUACCUCAGUUGUCUCAAAAAGGAGCUCAGGUUCCCAAGACAAGUGCCGGGGAAGACUUGGGAGUAGGUGAAGGAUGGUGGUAUGAAGAAUUGGGUCUCGUUCCUACUUUCUCGACAUGGUCGCAGGUUACAUUCCUGCACAUGUACUUAUUGACGGUCCGGUUGCGCGCGUUGCCGUCGCACGAUAGCCUUCAAACCUACUCCCGCCAUUUGAUCGACCACUUCUCACAUAGUGCCGAGCAUCGCAUGGAUGUGCUUCACGGGUUGACGAGCCGCGGUAUACGCAAUAAGUUCCUCAAGGAUCUUUUUAUCCAAUGGCGCGGUGUUUUGGCAGCCUACGAUGAAGGCCUAAUUAAGGGAGAUGCAGUGCUGGGAGCUGCCGUUUGGAGAAACCUCUGGAAGGCGAGCCAUACUGCACCAGACGGCAAGGACUUGGAUUGGUCGAAGAUAGCUCAGGUCGUUGCGUAUAUGCGGCGAGUACUUUCCGAACUCAAUCAGGUGCACGAAGCGGACUUGGUCUUCCAACUGGACCGGCAAAGGAACGGGAAGCCGGGUAUUUUCUCUCAUUCCGAAGUCGAUCAGAAGAUGGUCGAUAGCAAGCGGUGA